AUGGCCAAAGAACAACCCUGGAACUACGUUCCUUCACUCCCUCUUGCUAUUGUUGCCACCACAGUAUUUGCUUCCUUGACCAUCCUCCACAUAUUUCGGUUAUUUAGAACUCGAACUUGGUUCUGUAUUCCCUUCAUCAUAGGAGGCGCAUUUGAAACAAUUGGAUAUGGGGCACGCGCAGCCGGUCAUUCUAACCUGGACUCCCUCACGCCAUACAUUAUUCAAGCGCUUUUAAUUCUCCUCGCUCCGAUUCUCUUUGCGGCAUCCGUAUAUAUGAUCCUUGGCCGUUUGAUCCGGGCGACAUCUGCCGAGUCCUACUCUAUUAUCCGUGUUAAUUGGGUCACCAAAAUCUUCGUUGGAGGCGACAUAUUCUCCUUCUUGGUGCAAGCUUUGGGUGCUGGAAUGCUUUCUGGUGCCAAGACCCAGAAUAGCAAGAAGCGGGGCGAAACAGUCAUUUUAGCUGGCCUCAUCUUCCAAAUUAUCAUCUUUUGUUUUUUCAUUCUAGUGGCUCUCGUCUUCCACAACCGCCUCCGCACCCGACCAACUGAAAAGUCUACUGCCUCUGAACUGCCUUGGGAACGUCUCAUGUUUAUGUUAUACGGUGUGAGUGUCCUAAUCACUACGCGGAAUGUUUUCCGCGUUAUCGAAUAUGCGAUGGGUGAAACCGGUUAUCUCUUACAAAAGGAAUGGCCGAUAUAUGUCUUCGAUACAGUCCUCAUGGCAUGUGUUCUUGGUAUCUGCCAAAUGUGGUACGUGGGUAAGAUCAGACCUAAAUCAGACGACGUCGAUCUCGAGACAAUCGGUGAAGGCCAUCAACCCUCUCAAUAA